AUGCUUCUUCAGAUAGCCAUCCUCCUCGUCUCGGCCCUGACGGUCAAUGCCGGUUCCAUCCGGAGGCAUUGCCACACUGGCCCGCCUGGGCCUCCCGGGCCUCCCACCGCUGGUGGACCUCUUGACCCAAGUGACCCUCCUCCAGCACCCGUUGUCACUCCUACACUGCCAGUUCAUGGUGGAUCGAAGGAGCUUGCUGGCCCUGAGCCCCUUGGCUUCAAGUCAGUGCUUAUUGGUCACGGUAUCCAGAAUUACACCUGCCCCGCUGCUGGCGCGAAGGCUACCGCCACUGGUGCUCUCGCUGUUCUCUGGGAUAUUGCCCCUCUCUUUCCCGGUUCGGGCCCUCUUGCUCUUUCCACGGAAGCGUGGGCGGCCGUGACUGUUAAGGCCCUGCACACCACCGUUAUCCCGCUGAACCUUGCCGCUGACGCUGGCCGACCUUACGCUGCAGACCCCAGCGCGCCCUUUCCCGCGGCCGCGGACCUGACUCUCGAGGGUGUCCGGGUUCCGCUCCGCUUUGCUGGCCAUCACUACUUUGCCGGCUCUGUUCCCACGUUCACUAUGGGCGACGCCCUCUUUGUUGGCAAGAAGAACGACGGCAUCGCUGCUCCGGCCGACGCCGACAAGGGCAUCACCGGCACCGGCACGAUCGACUGGCUAAGGCUUGGUGACACUGGCUCCUCGCAUGUCACGACCCUGGCCUACCGCGUCUACACUGCUGGUGGUGUCGCUGGCCCCUGCACCGGGGCCGGCCAGGCCGAGAGCGUCCCUUACACAGCCCAGUACUGGUUCUUCGGCUGA